UAGAAGAAAACGAGUUCAAGAACACCCCCCCAUACUCAAUAAAAUCUACCCUACUUCUAUAUAAAAAGAGGAAUUUGGAGGGAAAAGAAUCCUUGAAAAUCCUGGCACCACGGAACCUAUAUAAGAGUUUGAGAUAGAAAAGUAGAUUUUGAUGGGUUUUUAUCUUUUCAUCUUUGUAUGCAAACCUUUAGCUGGGGUUUCUUGGAUCCGGAUUGCGUUUUUUUCCGUGGUUUUCUUCUUAUUUUUUAAUAUGGAUUUUGAUGGAUAUCCAAGAAAAAAAAAGGAAUGGUUUUGGAAAAGGAGGUGUUUCAAUUAAAAGAUGAUGAUAGAUAUAAAUUUCGAUCUUGAUGGGAGAGUUAAUGAUGGGUUUUAAUUAUGUGGAUUGCUUUUCUCCGUUGUGUUACUCUUUUCUUGACGUGGAUUUCGAUGAAUAUUGGAGCUAAAAAAAGAUGGGUUCUGGAAAAAGAUUGGAUCUUUCAUUCUUCCCCUUGCUUUUUGUUAAAAGAUAAUGAUGAAUGUUAAUUGAUUCUUUUCCCUGCUUACAAUCUUUAAUUGGUUUUAUUGAUUUUUUCCUCUGUUUUCUUGAUAUAGAUCGGUUGACGGAAUUCAAGUUUGUUCCUUACUUUAAAAAAAAAUAAGAUUGAGCGAUUGGAUUUGGAUUUAUUUCUUCUUACGUGUUAGAUCUUUAAUUGGAAUUUGCUCAGUACUUUUUCUUUUUUCUUACCUUGGUUAUUUUCUUUCCCUUUUUAUCAUUGGUUUAUAAGUAGAAGAUCGAUCGAUGGGUUUUUUUUUCAAACAUAUAAAACUUUGGUGUCUGUAGAUGGUUUCGGCUGUAUUUGUUUUAUAUCAUGGAAUCAGCUUUUGUGGUUAGCUUUUCCCGGAGGGAAUAAUAUCAGUUCUCAUGCAGAUAGGCAGCGAACAGGUGUGGUUACAUAUGGCACAGUAUAAUUUGGAAGGAUGCCAAUCGGUGGAUCUUGCAGAGCACCCUUCAGGCAUUGUUCCCACCCUUCAGAAUAUUGUAUCAACAGUCAACCUGGGUUGUAAGCUGGACUUGAAGAUCAUAGCUCUACAAGCCCGUAAUGCAGAGUAUAAUCCUAAGCGAUUUGCUGCUGUUAUCAUGAGAAUAAGAGAGCCGAAAACAACGGCCCUGAUAUUUGCUUCUGGUAAAAUGGUUUGUACAGGAGCUAAGAGUGAAGAGCAAUCAAAACUAGCUGCAAGAAAGUAUGCUCGUGUUGUUCAGAAGGUUGGCUUUCAAGCACAGUUCAUGGACUUUAAAGUUCAGAAUGUUGUUGCCUCUUGUGACGUCAAAUUUCCAAUAAGGCUAGAACGUCUUGCAUUACAUCAUAACGCAUUCUGCAGUUUUGAACCAGAGAUCUUUCCUGGCCUGAUCUACCGAAUGAAGGACCCCAAGAUUGUGCUUCUCAUAUUUGUGUCGGGAAAGAUAGUUCUCACAGGAGCCAAGUCAAGGGAUCAAAUAAAGAGAGGUUUUGAGCAGAUAUAUCCAGUGGUCUUGGAAUACAGAAAAGUCCCACAAAUAGGCAACGAAGGUAAGGACUCUAGAGAUCCAGUGCCACGGCAAUUGACUUGAAGCAGUUGUUUCUGGCUUUUGAUCAUACUAAGAGCUGACUGUUCUCUGACUUCUGCCAUUUUGUCAAGGGGAUUGUGAAUAUGUUGGAAGAAAAUUACUGGGUGCAGAAUUUAAUCGAUCAUCAAUCAUAUGAUUUCUGCCAGAUUUCACUUCAGUUUUUGGUUCCUUUUUUCUCAUUCUGUAUGCUGUACGAUACCACUGGGUUAGUGCCGUAAUGUUUUUUUCUGGGUACCUUUAAAUGAGAAUGUUUAGUGGCAUUGGCCAAACUUAAGGUUA